AUGCGCUUCACAACUCUUGUUGCGGCGCUGCCCGCUCUGGCUUCUGCUCAGCAGGACGCCUUUGGCCAGUACCAGGCUCAGUUCCAGAACUUCCUCGGCAACUUUGGGUCGUACAUCCCCAACACUGGGCGCCAUGACCCCGUCGCCGCGGCUGAGGCCAAGGCUGGCGCGAUGAAGCUCAGCAUCCUCACCCUGGACAACUGGAAGCAGACUCUCUACGAGCCUGUCAAGGAGGGCCAGACGGAGCCUGAGGAGUGGUGGAUCCUGACCACUGGUGGUAACAAGACUUGUUUCGGCCACUGCGACCGCGUCGAGCAGGCCUUCAACGAGACGGCCGCCAAGUUCGCUCUCCAGACCGACGCGCCUCACAUGGGCAUGCUCAACUGCGACGACCAGCCCAUUCUCUGCAACGUCUGGUCUGCUGGCGUUGGCUGGCUCUGGGCCUUCCAGAUGCUCCCUGAGCCCGCACCCAUUGACAUCUACAAGAAGCGCCUUAACCUCACGACUGUCACCUCUGACGACCUCGUCGCCCUCCAGGGCAAGCACAAGACCGAGUUCAAGCUCGAGGAGUCGUUCUGGCACCCCUUCAAUGGCAAGGCGGCUGAGCAUGGCCUUUCUGUCCCCUUUGCCUACCUCCUCUGGGGCUUCAACCUGCUCCCCAGCUGGGCCUUUAUGCUCAUCAUCUCCUUCUUCAGCCGUUCUAUGAUGUCCCGCCGCAUGGAGGGCCACGGUCAGCAGCAGCAGCCUGCUGGCAGGUAA